CAGAUGGGAAAGCUGACAACCAUGCCUGCAGGUCUGAUAAAUGCAUCUGUAAGUGUACAUGCUGCCAGAGAAGAGGAAUACAAAAAGCAGCUAAUGAAACCAGAGCAGCUCCCAAUAUAUACUGCACCACCUCUCCAGUCUAAAUAUGUUGAAGAGCAGCCUGGUCAUUUACAAAUGAGCUUUGCUUCCAUCCGCACUACAGCUGGUCGUUAUGUCGCCUGGUGUGAGGGUGUUUAUGUCUUUGUGAAAAAUGGGAUAAUGGAUACAGUACAAUUUGGAAAAGAUGCAUAUGUCUAUCUGAAGAAUCCGCCUCAAGAUUUUCUUCCGAAAAUGGGAGUGAUUACAGUGUCAGGAUUGGUGGGCUUUGUUUCAUCAAGAAAGGGUUCGAGGUUUAAGAAAAUUACUUACCCUCUGGGACUGGCUGCUUUAGGAGCAACUGUUUGCUACCCAAUUCAGUCAGUAAUAAUUGCUAAGGACCUGCAGUGGACCCUAGGUGUCCGAUCUGGGAGCUCCCUGGUUGCCGGAGUUUCUUGGAGACACACACCAGCAGAUCAGACACACGGACCAGAUCCCGUGCCCCUUGGACUUGAGUGGAUUGCUGGGGGACAUAAGAGGGAGGGUGCUACACAGUUUAUGCCUGACCCCAAGCUCAUGGAUCACGGGCAGUCCCACCCAGAAGAUGUAGAUAUGUACAGCACUAGAAGCUGAAGUAGACUGCACAGACUGCAUAGAAACUACAAGAUAUAUGAAGUUGCAAAUUAUGAUAAAAUCAUGUAAUGAGUAACUGACACAAAGAAUAUAACUUAAAUCAAGUAUUUCAAAAUCAAGUUUUUGAGAACUUGAUUUCAAAAUCAAGUUUUUCUAUUACAUCUGCAAAUGUACAGUUUGACAAACCACAUAAAUGAUUAAAACACACAAUGCAAUCCAAAUAAUAUUAAAUGGUUGAUGAGGAGACACAGCUAGAAGUAUUAGGUUGCAUGUGAUGACUUACAAGGGCAUUUAUUAAA